UCAGCAUGCAUGCAUCAAGCAUAAUGCAAAAUUCAAUGGAAUUUUGAGCCAACAAUUAUUCCCGGUUUAUUUUGUUCAGCUUUUUUUCAUAAACUUUGAAUGAAUCCAUCAGUUUAUCUUAAAGUCUUGAUUUCAUCUAUCGUUUGCAUCAAUGCGAAAAUUUUCUCCAAAUUCACACCAGGUUAUAGAAAAAACUAAGCUGGAAUUGACAAAAUGAAUUCCAAUUCUACAACCAAUCCUGGCCAACAAUCGUUGGCCGUUUCGAUGGAAGUUACCGAUGAAUACAUGGUGCAAGAAAUAUUGAAUGAUGGCACCGAAAUCUACAAACAGCCAUUGAAUAUGUCCGAAAAUUUUGCUAGAAUUAUUCAACGAAUUGAUUUUGAUAAACUGUCGACGAUACUGUCAAAUCAAGACAAUGGUCAGAAUAAUAACAUUAGCAAGGAUUUCGAAAUACCCGAAGUACAAGUGAAUGUUUCAUCAUUCAUAAAUCCUACACAAAGACCACCGUUUUGUCAAUUAGCACCACAAUUUGAAUCGAUAAAAUCGAAAAUAAUGAACGCAUUGACUAAUAUUUCUGUGAUGUAUGAUGUCAUAAAAGUGGCAAAAGAACCUGAUUAUCUGGUUAUUGAACCAGUGGCCAAAGAUCAGAGCCGUAUGACCGACGAAAAGCACAUUACCGUUUUGGUUUCCAAAAAGAAAGCCCUAGCCCAGGCAGCUCAACUGAUUUCGAAUGCAUUGGAUCGAUUACAGAAUGAAGCCAACCACACCUCCAGAUCUCGGAUAGAUUUCCAUACCGAACUACGAACUAUGCGACAAAAUUGGCGACCGAAAAAAGGACAAAGUAUUAUUGGUGACCUAAGCUAUCGUGGUGCAUGGUCAAAUUUUUCGCAACCAGCAACAUUCGAAGUGAUUCGUAAUGAAAACCAAACAUCAAUGAAGCCUAGUUCAUUGAUUGUCAAUGCACCGAAAACAUUGGAGGGUGGCAAUUUUUAUGUUGUACGCACUGUCAAAGGAAAUGUUCAAUCGAAUACAUUAUUCGAGCCAUUGAGAGUAUCACAUCCACAGCUACAAAAUCAAUCCACAGACUCGUCAUGGCAGACACGAUUGGAAAUUGCUCAGAAUAUGCUUUUCAAUAAUGAACUAUUCAAACGAUUGGCACAUGAAUCGGUAUUAUUAAAGUUGCCCAUACCAACCAUAGCGGCUGGAAAUCAAAUUCUGGCGCCAUUAUUCCCCGGGUUACAGUUGUCUAUUAAUCUUUGUCAUCAAUCGCCCAAUAGUUCGACACAAUAUGAUAGUGCCAGUAAUAAUACCGUUUUGGAACACACGCUUUAUCAAUUGUUGCAUGAAAUUCAUUAUAAAAAUAUGCAUUUCCCAUUACCACGACCUACAUCGGUUACACUGGCAAUCAAUUCAGCACGAUAUGUGGCCGGUCCGGCAUACGAUAAGAAAACAUUGGCACAAAUUUCGCAAAAUGAAACCAUUCUAGAACAGGUUAUUCAACAGGCGCAACAUUCCAUGUUACGGCUACGAACAAUGUGUUUGAUCGAUUCAUUGGCCAUUGAAAUACAGGAUCCAUUGAUUAUACCCAAUUGGAAUUAUUUAAACGCACCGAAUCAAACAUCAGUACGUGUGGAUCUUUAUUCAUAUGGUUAUGAAGGCUUUAGUAGUUGCAGAACAUCAGUUAUGCUUCAUAUUGAUACCAAAACGGUCAAAGCAAUCAUGCGAGAUGGCCGUGUAUUGAAUCUAUCAUUCGAAUCGCAAGAACUUCGUCAUCUUUUAUUGAAUCUGGUUUCUCAUCAUUUAGUUAUUGCCGUACAGUCGUUGGCGAAAGCAAUGGGAUGGAAAGUUGUUUCGUUGAAUGCAUCUGUUGGGGUGGGCAAACAAGAACCAAUAUGUGGCACCGCAUCAUCACUGGUAUUGAUAUCACCGAACGGUGAUCGAACUGUAUCGGUUAAAAGUGGUCCUCAUUCCGGCAUCAAAGUGAAAUUAUCAUCAUCACCACAAGAAUUUCUGCCAAGUAACCUUGUUUCGAAUCAACAAUGGCAACAAUUGAAUGGGCAAUUUAAAAUUGUCGAUUGGCAACGAUUACCCGGCAAAACAUUUGUCAAUAAAAUGGAGUACAUGAUGGCUUGUUUAUCGAUCAAGUCGUGAUUAUGUACAAUGUAUACAAUUAUUAUUACAAUU